AUGUCUUCAGAAGCUAAUUCAGAGAAACCGCCAAGAAAUCCAUCUGAGACUAAGAACGACAUAUCUACUGUUGAGGAUCCCUUUCGUGCUAUUACAUACAAUACCCCUCAGAAGCCAGUACUGACAUUUGUUGCGGGGGCAUCCUGUAUUGUUAUAGGCACUCUUACAGGCAUUUUUAUAGGGUUUGGAAUUGCUAGCUUGUUAGCAUACUACGUUUUCAUGAAUUGGCGUACAUUUGAACAAAAUGGGUACCUGCAGGACCAACAAAACUUUAAUAUGGCGCUUAUUCAACGAAUUCAAGAUGAUGCUAAGGUUAGAGAGAGGAUUGGAUCACCCUAUUAUAGGAUAUGGUCUCGGAAGUAG